AGAUUGCUGGCAUCUUCCUUUCACUUCAACGGUUCGGAUCCAUUUAUCAGUUUCGAUGAACAGUAAUGGUUGAUGCAAUGAUCCAAUGGCGGUCGGUUGGUUGGGGCUGUCAAAAUGGAGAGCCCACUAUUCAGGCCAUUUAGAAAAAGAAACCCAGGAAGAACCCUAGAAAUAAUGAGCUCAGCAAUGCACCCAUUUGUCCCAAUCAAUAGAAUGAUAUGGUUUUUUUUGCUUUAUUAUAAUCUACAACUAAUCACGGGCGCCUUCUUCUUCCCUUCGUUUGGAAGCGAUUACCGUAAAGUUUUCCAUCUGCUUUUUCUCCUUGUUCUUGUCGGAUCAGUGAAAAACAACACACCAAAUUCGUCUCUUUUUAUGCUCUGGAACCUCUACAUCCAACUCUUAUCCUUCCUUAAAUCUAUCGUUUUCCAUGUUUUAUUGAGGAACAAAAAAUGAUUACGGCUUUAUUGGUCGUACCGUAAUCAUUUUCUGCUUUUAUAACCAUUUUAUUCCAACAAUCUUCUUGUUUUUUAAUCGAAGAUCAUUCAAUCCUUUUAAAAGUAUGUGUGCAAGAGACUCUGUGGACACUAGCCCAAAACCCUGCCAGCACCUUGCAGAUUACAAGUUAAUCCAUGGACUCAAUGGCUACAACUCCCUCCAAAAUUGCCUGAAAACUAUCCCAACUGGAAAACCAAGUAUAAAGAAACAGGAGACAGUGAUACCCAGCUGCGGUUUCUGUAAUGGGUAUAAAGGUAGACUCUAUAUCUGUUUGAUUUGCUCUUCAAUCUCAUGUUCAAGCCAUACCCUUUCUCAUAGCCAGUCAAGCAGCGGCCAUAAUAUAGCUGUCGACCUGGAAAGAGCGGAGCUUUUUUGCUGUUCUUGCUCUGAUCAGGUCUACGACCCUGAUUUUGAUAAGGUUGUUGUCUCUAAACAAAUCAUGGACUUGCCUGGAGAAGCAAAAAAUGUUGCUAAUGAUGCCGUAGGGAGAUCAAACAAGAGAAGGAGAUUGGAUCCUGAGAAAGAAUUGGAUUUGAAGAAAUCCAAGCAGUUGGUUUCUUUGGGAGACCGUAGAGCAAAGUCGUGUUAUCCAUUGGGAUUAAGGGGCUUGAACAAUCUGGGCAGUACUUGUUUCAUGAAUUCUGUGUUGCAAGCUUUGCUUCACACUCCUCUUCUAAGAAAUUACUUCAUUAGGGGUUUGCAUAACCGUAAUCAAUGUAAAAGUAGAUUUGGGAAUCGACUUUGUCUGCUAUGUGAUCUGGAUGUGAUCUUCACAGCUAUGUUUUCUGGUGAUCGGACUCCGUAUAGUCCAGCUCAGUUUCUUUACAGCUGGUGGCAGCAUUCAGCAAAUCUAGCCUGUUAUGAGCAGCACGAUGCUCAUGAAUCCAUCUUACUUCUUGAAGAGAAAAUGUUACUCAUAUUCUUCUGUUAUACAGAUUAUGGGGAUUGCCAGUGUAUUGCUCAUAGGGCAUUCUCUGGUCUGUUAAGAUCGGAUGUCACCUGUAUGACCUGUGGAUUUACUUCCACAACUUAUGAUCCAUGUAUGGACAUUUCACUCAACUUGGACUUGAGCACAAUCUAUCCAUUGGAUGUGGCUAACAGGUCUGUCAAACCUAACGAGAAGACAGGAAUAUCAACUCUUUGGAGCUGUUUAAACUUGUUUACCAGAUCAGAGAAACUGGGUUCUGAUCAGAAACUACACUGUCAGAACUGUCAAGAGAAACGAGAAUCAUUGAAGCAAAUGUCUAUCAAAAGGCUUCCAUUGGUGUUAUGUUUACAUAUCAAACGAUUUGAACACUCUCUAUCAAGAAAUAUGUCAAAAAAAGUUGACCAUUGCUUGCAGUUUCCCUACUUAUUAGACAUGACCCCGUAUUUAUCAUCAUCAGUUCUUAGAAGCAAGUUUGGGAAUAGAAUUUUUGACUUUGGGGGCGAUGACUAUGAUGCUUCUGCUGAGUUUGAGAUAUUUGCUGUAGUUACUCAUUCAGGGAUGCUAGAAUCUGGUCAUUACGUGACUUACCUUCGGAUAAAUAACCAGUGGUACAAAUCUGAUGAUGCUUGGAUCACAGAGGUUGAUGAGGAGGUAGUGAGAGCAUCACAGUGUUAUAUGCUUUUCUAUGUGCAAAAGAAGCUUUUCUAUUAAAUGAACAAGAACUUGAAUUGCCUUCCACUGGGCUGGCGAAGGGAUUUGUUUCCUUCCAAUUGAUGGUUGUUGCUAACGUCAAAGUUGUGUGUGGGAGAAGAUGGAGAUCACAAAGUGGCUUCUACUUACUGAUCUAUCAUUUAAAAUGCUGAGAGAUAAUGGGAUUCAUCCGCUAUCUUGAUUACUAUAAUUUUUUCUGGAUCAAGUUCCAUGAAUAAAUCAUCCUCCAUUGAAAAAAUGAAGCUUGGGGAGAUGGAACAGAUCCAUGAAGACUGUUGAUUAUAACAGAGAAGGCUGGACAUCUCCAAAUUUUUUUGCAGUGAGAGACUGCAAGAGGUGCUGGCCAAAAUGAUCAGAUUCAGAUUAAAGAUUAAUCAUAUUGGGAUUAGAACACUCUUAUACAAGUUUUGACUGGAUGUUCAAUCAUGUUCAACCGCAGAGGAGACCGAUGAUUCAAACAGCUAAAUUGAUUUUUUUUUUUUUUUUGGAAAUUUGAAGUCAAUCGAUCGGGCUCUGAAGAUUAUAAAGCUGUCAAAAGUUUAUUGGUUUACUUUGGUGGUGGAGGCUUGAGAAGGAAAUGCUGUAAGUUGUGGUGGACCAUUAUCAUUUUAAGGAUUAAUGAAAAUAUAAUUAGACCAGGUUUCACUUUAUAUAUUUUAAAUCUUGUAGACUUGGGGUAUAUUUAUAAAGGAAGUUAAAAAAGUAAAGAAACCAGACAGAUUUUGUAA